UUAGGGUUUUUGGCUGCCACCACCACCUCAUUGUUUUUCAUUCUCAGAGAGGCGCAGCUAGAGUUUGAGAGAGAGAGAGACACCAUGAAGACCAUCUUGUCAUCUGAGACCAUGGACAUCCCAGAUGGGGUCAAGAUUAAGGUGAACGCUAAGGUCAUCGAGGUGGAAGGCCCACGUGGCAAGCUCGUUAGAAAUUUCAAGCACUUGAACUUGGAUUUCGAUCUCAUUACUGACGAGGAAACUGGGAACCGAAAGCUGAAGAUCGACGCUUGGUUCGGCUCCAGGAAGACCUCCGCCGCCAUCCGCACCGCGCUCAGCCACGUCGAGAAUCUCAUCACCGGUGUCACCAAGGGUUACCGUUACAAGAUGAGGUUCGUUUAUGCUCAUUUCCCCAUCAAUGCCAGUAUCACCAACACCAGCAAGUCCAUCGAGAUCAGGAAUUUUCUUGGAGAAAAAAAGGUAAGGAAGGUAGAUAUGCUUGAUGGGGUCACUAUUCUCCGAUCUGAGAAGGUCAAGGAUGAGCUUGUACUGGAUGGGAAUGACAUCGAACUGGUCUCUCGUUCUGCUGCCUUGAUAAACCAGAAGUGCCACGUGAAGAACAAGGAUAUCCGGAAAUUCCUUGAUGGCAUAUAUGUCAGUGAGAGGGGGACCAUCGUAGAGGAGCAGUAAUUGUAAUUGUAAUUGAUCAAAAUUUUUGAAAAGUUAUCUUUAAAAUGCCUAGGUUUGAAUCAUAUAGCUUUUGGUAGUUGGACCAUAAUUUUUGUUUUGAAUGGUUUUACCCAGCUUUUGUGGACAAAGGUUUUCUGCUCAAGAUGUGUCAAUUUUACUCAAACAAUGGUGUUGUAAUGUAUGAAUCUUAACCUAAGCAAGGCCCAUGUGUGAUGCAUGAAGGGCAUUCAGUGGAUGGUUCCACAAACA